AUGAACACCAUUUCAAAGGUAUGCCUUUUGAUGCUUGUAACUCUCUUGCCAAGCCAAAUUCUUGCUCAAAAUUUGAUCAUCAAAGCUUGUGAUACCACUCUGUACAAGGAAUUGUGCAGAAAAACUCUUGAAAAUGACCCAGAAAGCCGUGCUGCAACUAGUUAUGAAGUUCUGGCCAAAGUUGCACUAAAGCAUGCAACAUCCACAGCAACGCAAAUACAUGACCAAGUGAAAAAACUGCUCAAAUCAUCGAGCAAGCCGAUUAAGGCUGCCCUGACAGACUGCAAUGAGCUCUACCAAGAUGCACUUGAACAACUUGAUGAUUCCAGCACUGCCAUUAUAACCAAGAAUUACGACAUUAGUACAUAUUUGUCGGCUGCCAUGGAUGAUGCUGACACAUGUGAUCAAAGCAUCGAGGAAAUGGCACCCGGCAAGACUCCAAUAGGCAAUCAGGGCACCACAUUUAGCCAGCUUUGCAGCAUUGUCUUGUCCAUUGCCAAGCAACUGACAUGA